AGGACAAAAAACAGUGAGGAUGAAAAAGUGGGAAGACUUAUGUGAGAGUUGAGACAAGAGGAAGGAGUAGUGGCACAUUAACUAAACCAAAUUGAUGGUCAAAGUGAAUUGGCAGUUGUUGACAAGUGUAUAAACAAGUGCAAGUCAAAGUGGAAAGUAGUAUAUUGGAAGCUUUAGCUGUUUGUUGAUGAGAUAAACAAUACAAAGAGUGGAGAAUUGAUCAUUAUAAAAAGAAUGGUUGAGUGAAGCUCAUAGAGAAUGAGUUUCAUAGUGGAAACUUGGAAGUUGGGGCAUUUAUUCUAAUAUAUAAUAAUAAUAUAAUGGAAUAACUUGCGGAGGUACACUACAUAUUCUAGACGUGGUAUGACAGGCAAUGAGUCAACUAAGCCUGUUUGUCACUUGAAUAUUUUAGUUCCAUACCACCUAUGUAUGUAUCUCCAUUCAAUUCUUUCCCAGGUUAGGAUGAAAAUGAGAGAGAAUGAUGAUAGCUACAUGAUGAUGGUGAUAAUUACCAUAGUGAUUACCUUUGUCUCCUUGAUUUGGUGGUUUGUUGCGACUAGAGGCGGAGGGAGGAGCAAGGGUAAGUUGCCUCCGGGAGGAAGAGGGUGGCCGGUGGUGGGGGACAGCAUCAGCUGGUACAAUGCUGUUGCGAGUUCCCAUCCCCCGGCCUUCGUCCACAAGCAGGUCCGACGCUACGGCCCAAUAUUCUCCUGUAGUCUAUUCGGGAAGUGGGCGGUUGCUUCUGCGGAUCCGGCCUUCAAUAAAUUUGUUAUGCAAAACGAAGGCAAGCUGUUCCAGUCGAACUACCCGAAAUCCUUCAGAGAUUUGGUGGGGAAGAAUGGGGUGAUUACUGCGCAGGGAGACCACCAGAGGAAGCUUCAUUCCAUCGCCUCCAACAUGAUGCGGCUUGACAAGCUCAGGUUUCACUUCCUGCAGGAUAUUCAGAUAGUUAUCAGACAGAUCUUCACCAAUCUACACCACAAUCAGGUUGCCCCCCUUCAAGAUGUUUGUCGCAAGCUAGCAAUUAACUUGAUGGUCAAUCAACUCCUUGGAGUCUCCUCUGAAUCCCAAGUGAAUCACAUAGCUCAAUUGUUCUCAGAUUUCGUCGAUGGCUGCCUCUCUCUUCCGAUCAAUUUGCCAGGCUUCGCUUAUCACAAGGCAAUGAAGGCUAGGGAAAAUAUAAUAAGCAAGAUUAACACGACUAUCGAGACUCAUAAAAGGAAUUCCUCCUCAGAUAUUGGCAAUGGUGUUCUGGGAAGGCUGCUAGAGGAAGAAAGCUUACCUGAUGAUGCUGUUGCUGACUUUAUCAUUAACCUUCUAUUUGCUGGAAAUGAGACCACAGCAAAAACCAUGCUCUUUGCUGUUUACUUCCUCACACAAUGCCCCAGAGCCAUGAAGCAAAUGCUGGAUGAGCACCAGAGCCUAAGGAGUGAAAGGGGUGAGGAGGAGAUGCUUACCUGGCAAGAUUACAAAGCUAUGCCUUUCACUCAAUGUGUAAUUGACGAAACUCUACGUCUAGGAGGCAUUGCCAUUUGGCUCAUGAGAGAAGCCAAAGAACAAGUAGAAUAUAAAGAUUAUGUCAUUCCAAAAGGAAGCUUUGUGGUGCCGUUUCUUUCAGCAGUCCAUUUAGAUGAAAAUGUCUAUGAGGAUCCACGUUGCUUUAAUCCAUGGAGAUGGAUGGAACCCGAAAAUCAGGAAAAGAGAAACUGGAGGAGCGGCCCAUAUUUUGCACCUUUUGGCGGAGGAGCUAGGUUUUGUCCAGGGGCAGAGUUGGCUCGCCUUCAGAUUGCCCUCUUCCUACAUUACUUCCUCACCACAUUUAGGUGGAGGCAGGUGAAGGAUGACAACAUGUCUUUUUUUCCAUCAGCUCGAUUGGUGAACGGAUUUCAGAUACAAUUGAAUAGAAUAAGCCAUGAUCACCGUGUAUCCACCUCUAUCAACUGAACAAACAAACUAUAUUUGUUUGUUGUUCAGUAUUCUUCUGGGGUCUGAGGAAGGCUCUUCAUCUGUAAAUUACCUUCAAAUACAUAUGUAUUGUUGUGGAUAUGGAUGUAAAAAAUAAUUACUGCUUUUUAUCAAACCAAUACUGCAAUACUAUCA